AUGCCCGAACCAGCACUUUUGAAUAUGUUGAGAUUUUUGAGACUUCCCGACCUAGAAACCCUCAAAACCGCCUGUCCAGAACUAUCAGAACUAAUCGAUAUUCAACUUCGUCACCUCGACGACGAAUUUCCACAACGACCAUUCUAUCAAUUCGAUCGUGGUGCUCCACCAGAAGACGUUGACGAUGAUGAGAAAAUGAUGUGUGAUCGACAGAACGUGUCGAUGACCUAUUUUCCCGAGGAUCAGUGUGUUUAUAUGUUCGGAGGAGAGACGCUGGAACAAAUGGAUGGGGGUCCGAGAGCCACGUUUAAUGAUUUAUGGCGUCUGGAGACGGGAACGAUGAGAUGGAGCAGGGUUGUGAUUCGAGGAGCACCAUAUCCAUCGCCAAAGUGUCAAGCGUCUUUUGUUACAUGGGGUGAUCAAUUGGUACUGUAUGGAGGUCGUGCGUAUCGUCACGAUGGUCGUGACGUCUUCUUCUCGGAACUCCAUUUCUUCGACGUCGCCAGUUCCACGUGGCGUCGUGGCGCAGAAUCCGCAUCAAACCAUCAGACGCCGAUGGCUGGUCACUCGGCAAUUAUAACAAAUAAUUUUAUGAUAAUGUACGGUGGAUGGAGUCAGACACCGGAUACGAUGGCACGACUGACAGCGAUGAAUUUAAAAACCGAAGAGUUUAAAAUUAUUGAUAUGAUGCAUUCAACAGAAUUUGAGGAACCAGUUGUACCUCCCAGACCGCCAGUGGUGUUUCCGAAAUUCGACUGGCGAAAAACGAAACUCGUCCUAAUCCGCGAAGGGUUGAUAUUGCUCACCGGAGAACUGCAACCCGGGGAUUACGGUAGUUCAGUACUCAUCGAAUACGAUCCGCAGGAUGACCUAAUUAGUGAUGAAUAUCAAAUGUGGGAGUGGAAAACGAUUCCAACAGUGGGCCGAUGGUGGAGGCCUCGCGAGGGCGCGGAGCUUCAUCGAGACGCACCUCAAUGGCUGUUGCCACGUGGCAAUGCGAACUGUUCGAUGCCAAAUUUCGAGUUUCAUCAGAUUGCUGCCGUUCGGAAUUCGACAAAGAUUCGAUUGGUCUCACUUGGAAGACUGAAAAAUGAACAUAGUGUUCCCCGCCCGUGCAUCUCCGACAAAUACGACGCGACCCAAUUGCACUAUCGUGAAUUCGUACGUCAUCUGACACGUCAUCUGGAGACCGAAUUCCAAAAACGAACGGACCAGAAUGUGCCAACGUCGUCGGCUACUGACCUGAAGACGUGCGCGGUGUUCAAAUUUUUAAAAUCCAAAUACUACGAUAUUAGCCAUAUGGAUCAGCUUGUGGCUCGUGUCCCCAAUCGGAAUAGCGUUGUGAAGCGAUUAUCGAUUUUUGUGGCGGAAAUCGAUCGGAAUAUUGAUUUGGAGGAUUUUCAGGAGUUGGUCUGGCACCCUCAACCAAUGCAAUUCCCAUCUCCAGCAGAAACCCGAGAAUUCGCGUUAAUUGGCGCUAAUCACGACAUAAUUAUGCACUCGGGCAUUGUCACCUUCAAUCAAUCGAUGCGACGAAUGGGUCAGACGAAUCUGCUGACACCGGUGGCCAGCACGAAGAAUCAUAUGGCACCGAAUUGUUGUACUUUUCGUUUUGAUUAG